CGUGACUAAACAUGCCUAAAUAUUAUGAGGAGAAGGAGGAGGAUAAGCAUCCGUGUGCUGGAGUGAAGGAGGAUUUGAAGAGCUGUUUGUUACAGACUGACUGUGUGCUGCAGGAAGGAAAGAGCCCAAAGGAGUGUCUAAAGGAAGGAUACUGCAAAGCUCUUCAAGUAACCUUUUUUGAGUGCAAAAGAUCAAUUCUGGACACCAGAGCAAGAUUCAGAGGAAGAAAGGGAUACUGAUGAAUGAAAAUUGCCUUUACCAAGUAUCACUCAGUUUUAUGUAAAAGAUGCCUUUAAUAUUCAGGAAUGUUUUUUGAUUUGCAGCAGUUGGUAAACAAAUCCAUUAUCUUCUCAGUUACAGACCUGUGAACUACUAUCUUGAAUGAAGCCAAACACAGAUUUUUAAAGUCUAAAACUUGAAGUAGUUGCUGGUAACAAGGGAGAAAUCACUGUUUGAAGCAAUACUAAUUUGAUAUUAUAUAUUAUUUUAUAUACAUUCCUUGGAUAGUAAUUGCAUUAAAAUACUCAUUGUUUUUGUAAUAUUUUUAGGUUAAUAUAUGCGCCUACGUUUGUAUGGUAUGUUACAGCAUGUGUGCCAGAGAAUAAAAACGUGAUAUAUGUCCUUGA